AUGGGAUUUAACCAGUCUGGAAUGACGGUUGCAGUACGACCAAUGCCGAGCACUAAACUUGAACAAGAAAGUGACGAUGCACCACAACUCCCACCACCACCUACGGGGAUAACAUUGCCAAGGGUGAAAUGCCACGUGACGGGCGGAACCGACCACCUAGCGAAAGCGGUCAAAAUAGAGGAAUACCCAAUCCCUUCCAUGGAGCAACGCAAGAAGGAAGAAUGUUUGGUAUGUAUUAACAAUUUACUCACGGACUCUCACUGUCAGCGCGCUGCUUCAGGUUCUUCGGAGGAGGGGAAAUAA